GUUUUAGUGUUUAAAGUGUGAGAAAGUCUGCUCUUGUGGAUUCCGUCAGCGUUCAUUUGAGACUUACUGACUUGUGAAGUGCUGAAGAAAAUGGCUUCCUUUAAACUGGAUUUUCUGCCGGAGAUGAUGGUGGAUCAUUGCAGUUUGAGUUCCAACUCCGUAACCAAGAAGAUGAAUGGGUCUCUGGACCACCCAGACCAGCCUGACAUUGAUGCUAUAAAGAUGUUUGUGGGUCAGAUCCCUCGGACGUGGUCAGAGGAUCAGCUGCGUGAGCUGUUUGAGCCCUAUGGUGCAGUUUAUGAAAUCAAUGUUCUUCGGGACAGGAGUCAGAACCCCCCACAGAGUAAAGGUUGUUGUUUUGUAACAUAUUACACCCGUAAAUCUGCAUUAGAAGCACAAAAUGCCCUUCACAACAUGAAGAUUCUUCCAGGGAUGCAUCAUCCCAUACAGAUGAAGCCUGCAGACAGUGAGAGAAAAACAACGGUGAGCUGUGCUGCCAUAACAUUUUUAUUUUUCCCUUGUGUUUCAGCGAUAGAAGAUAGAAAGCUGUUUAUUGGAAUGAUUUCAAAGAAGUGCAAUGAGAAUGACGUAAGGCUCAUGUUUUCUCCAUACGGUCAAAUUGAGGAGAGCCGCAUACUGAGAGGCCCUGACGGACUCAGCCGUGGCUGUGCCUUCGUCACAUUCACAGCGAGACAGAUGGCCCAGUCUGCCAUCAAAUCCAUGCACCAGUCACAGACCAUGGAGGGCUGUUCUUCUCCCAUCGUGGUGAAGUUUGCCGACACUCAGAAGGAUAAAGAACAGAAACGUAUCGCCCAGCAGCUGCAGCAACAGAUGCAACAGCUCAAUGCUGCCUCUAUGUGGGGAAACCUUACAGGACUGAACUCACUUGGGCCACAGUACCUUGCAGUGAGUACACAGGCUAGAUCCUGUUGCAUCUGAGGUCUAUGCACAUAGAAACCACUCCAAUAUUGAAGACUACAUACCUAUGUAAACUGCGUAAAGCACUUGCUUUAAAUCAUGUUAAGUACAUGAGUGCUGGUCUUUGCUCCAUCUAGGGCUGUCACAAUAUUAGAAUCUUACUUCAAUUGUCAUGACCAAAAGAAUUCACGGUAACAAUAUUAUUAUCUAGGGGUGUAACAAUAUUCAAACUGAACCAAAAAAACAGGAUACACCAACUACGGUACGUACCGUGGGGCUCUCUUGGCCUAAACCGCCCCCUG